GCGAGGGUUGUUAGUGGUGUGUUGGUGUCUGUGGGGUGAGCAACAGGGCCUCCAGUGGUAGCAACAGUACACCACACAGGAGCUGUUCAGGCCUGCCACCACCACCACAUCCACGACGUUUUGAUUCUGUAAAUUCUUGAAAAUAUAAAUCCCCUUAUAUGAAAGCCCUGAACAGAAUGAUUGUUAGACCUGAAGCUGACGUUAACCCAACAAUCUGACGUAUUGUUCACAAUCCCAAACACCUCGUGACAUCCCGGUGGGGGGGACUGAGGCGCACACACAUCAGGUGAAGCUGACAUCCCAAUCCCUGGAUAACGAUAAUGGCAUCACGACUACUGGUCGGUUUUCUCCUCACUCUAGCCUGGAUAACCUUCGCUUCAACCAAGAGGUCUGGGCGCCCAGGAGCUGAAGUCUCUCCGGAUGUGGCUGAUCUGGGAAGCAGUACGGUGCGGCCGGCUGAAAACAUAGGCCUAAACGACGUAGGCUUACUGAGCUCCAUGUGGCAAGCAGUUCAACCUUAUGUCCUCAGGAAGGAGACGUCUGACCUGGAGGCUCGGCUGACAGCUUUCAAGAGGCAGCUGCUGACGAAGGCUGACGACCUGGUUAACCUCCGCACUCGAAUCCCUGAUUCGCGUCUGCUGGCUGGAGGAAGAUGGUCAAGGAGACGGAAGGUCGAGGAGGUGGUCAAGGUGGUCAGCGCUGGAGUCGGAAGUGUCGAGGACAAGGUCAUCACACCCACCGGUAGUAGUUCAGAGCAUCACAGAAGCAAGCGGGAUCAUCUUGAGGGCUUCACCAGCCUCAGAGACACAGAAGGUGUCCCAGUGCUGGCGGCGGUAGAGGGCGCUGUGAGACUAGGAGCGCCAGGCGCUGGGGCCGUCCACAUGACAGUAUGGCGAGGUAAACUCAUCGUCGCUAUCAUCGAUAACGCCAUGAACGUCUCCCUCUACACCGUAGACCAGCGCACUUGGCAGGCGACGUACGCGUUGACCAUCCCUGGCAAGAGCAGCUGCGACUUCACGGUGGUUCCUGGCGACGUGUUACUCCUGGCCUGCAUCGUCCCCUUCGCCCCAUCGAAACGCACGGCCUUCAGGGAGGACAUCCACGAGGCGGUGAUGAUUUACGAGGUGACGGACGGGAUCUCUGGUAAUAUUGCCUUGAAAUUCUGGCAAAAGAUUCAGGCUGAACACUCUCUCGACCUGAUCAUGUGGAUCCAAGGUGGCAAGAACUACCUUCUGGUCGCCGACUCGAAGGAGGUGAUAGAGCGCUUAAUCUCCACUCCGACGGGUACCAAGCGGGUGAACAAGACCAACUAUCACACAGUGUCCCGCCUCUACCACUGGACCGGGCAGUACUUCGACGUCUUGCAAGAGCUGCCCGGCACUAACCCGAGGGGCCUCCUGCACUUCCUCGUUGGCAACACCCAUUUUAUAGCCGUUGCCAACUUCAGGAACAAUAAAGGUCAGCACAACUGCUACAGCAUGAUCUACCGCUACUCUCCGGACGCGGGUCACUAUGUACUCUUUCAGGAGGUGUUCACCAAGGGCGCCUUCAACUUCGAAAGCUUUACUUUGGGCACGACCCGCCACAACGACACCUUCCUCGCCGUGGCCAACUAUUGCCAGGACGACCAAAAUGGCCGCUGCAAUCCGGACACCAGCUCGACAAUCUACCGCUACCACUACGGCAAGUUUGUCGCCUUCCAGGAAAUCCGUACCUCGAACGCCGUCCAGUGGCUUGCCAUCCAGGUAGAGGACACGGUGCUGCUGGCCGUGGCAAACGCCGUGGCGGGCGUAAAGUUCUUUCAGUACAACGGCUGGAGGUUCGAACCCACUGCGGUACAGUACUUCGCAGGACCUUUUGGUCCUGGAGUCACCCGAAUGGCCACUAUCACAUGGAAUAAUGCAAUCCUUAUAGCCGUGACGAACAGAGACCCGCAGAAGACUGGUGGAGAUAAACCAACACUCUACGCCAUCACCUUCAGUAGAGACAAGUCCCUGCAGGAGUUUCGUAAGAACUCUCAGAAGUGGUGUAGGGAGCGUCUGCUGGAGCUGACCCGGCAGGAUGUGACCAGCCUUCUGAAGCGGGUUAAGGCGGCGCCUAAAACCACCUAUGGGUACACCUUCACGCAGCCAGUCGCUCUCCAUGGUCACUUGAGGGUACUCUUGGCCAGCCACGCCACUAAGGUGUACUCGAGGUCGACGGAGGUGUGGAAACCGCCCUCGUGGGAGUACCUGACGGAGGUGUCAGAGAGGCUGCAGCUCCAGGUCGCAGAGCUCCGCGCCAGGUUCAGGAACGUCGUCAUUCACAAGGGUCCCGUCACUUGGCCAGCUGGGUUGCACUUGACAAGAGUGGAGGGAAGUCAGGUGUCCGCAGAGUCCUCUGUCAGCAGCCUCCAGUCAGCCUGGGUCAACGGGCAAUCUGUGAUAUACGACCACCUGGUUAGACUGAACAUGAGAAACAGCAUCAACCGGGAUAUGUUUACUUUUGAGCAUGUUCUGUCGCGGGGUGCGACUUGGGUGGAGAAGCUGCUGAUGGGUCGAGCCAUGUCUACUUACGUGACGCUUUCGGGUCGUCACGUCGUCUCUGGGGACGUGACCUUCAGGGGGAGAUUGGCGGCGUCCUUCCUGGUGUCCUUGGCGACUGUGGACGGUGUGAGGGUCGCUAGGGACGUUCUCUUCACCACCAACAUUCACAGCUACGCAGGGAUAGUGACGUGUGGAGACAUGGCCGCCAAGGAUGUACGCGUCACCACCAUCAACACCAUCAACAUCGACCAACUCUUCAGCUCUCUGCUCCGGCGAGAUGUCUCGCACACCACCUCGGCUGUUACAGGUCACGUGGUUGUUGAAGGCGACCUCGUCUACCACAGGGACCUGGAAGCCAACAUUACCGCCAGUAUCAUCUUAGACAACCUCCUCCGUCUGGACAGAUUUGAGAACCAGGUCGUUACCGGUGAUCACCGUGUGGGCGGCAUGAGGUGCCUGUCAGCCAGGGUGACUGGGAGGGUCAACGGUGUGAGGGUGCCAGGUGAGGUCUUCCAGAGACACUAUCACCUUCCCUACAGUGUGUCGUCGGCAGCCUUCACCCACCUCCUCGCCGCCUCCCUCACCAUCAACACCGCUCUACACACCAUCACGGUGAGCAAUAAGAAUCUGGACCUUCUGCGUGUGGUUGGGGCCCUCCAGGUAGUAACGUCCCGGAAGACUUUCUCCUCCAUGCGACUGCUUCAGGAGGUCACCUCGGAGGGCUCCUACACAUACAAGCGAAAGCGUCGUGAGGCGGACUCCAGACUCCAGGCUUGCACGACCCAGCACGACUGGGAACUGACGGAGGGAGAAGCCCGUCUACAGGUGCUGCUGGGGGCGCUCCGGAUUUUGACAUCCUCGCAGGAUCUAAUGACCUCUGAUGACUUCCACCCUGCUGGGGGAGGAGCUUUCAAUCGGCAGAACAUUGCUUUUUAUAUCAGACUGGCCCAGGAGCCCAGUUAUGCCUCGCUCUACACAGCCGCUUCUGAUCUCUUGCUCUGCGAUGUCCUGCUUGAUAACAUGUUUCAGGGGGAAAGGCAAAAUGACGAGCUGUUUAACCGCGCAAAUAUCACACACUACAGAGCAGACAUUGAGAAAGUCAUAACUGAUGCCAAGACUCGCCUUGCUGAACAAGAUGUGAACAUGCACGAUGUUUUCUUAAUGUUCAUCAGUUCACGAAGACUCGCAGAACGGCGAGAUCUCGAGACUCUUGACCUGCUUAUUUAUGCCCUCGAUGACAGCAGGACUAGAGCCUCUAACAGUGACUACAACAUCUGCCGCUUUGUGUGUCCACAAAAGCUUUCCAUAAAUAAAACUGAUCGUCGUGAAAUUAGCACGUGCGACCCUUCCAUUUAUGCAAUAUAUAACACGCUGAAGAGGAUCAUCCGGUAUGGUUCGGUACUGGAGACGACGAUGGCGCGGCUCUCAGACCAGCAGGUGGUGCUGCUGCAGAAGGCUGCGGUGGAUCACGAACUGGGAAAACUGUUGGAGAUCAUCCAGGAGAGGAGAGAGUUGUGGGAGGGCCUUCAGGUGGCUGCGCUAUGCAGCGCCCCGCCAGGGAACAGAGAAGAAAGACUUCAACUGCUGCAGAUGCUUGCGUCCUACCGCCAGCAGCUGGCCAGGACUACUGCAGUCUCCCUCAAGAGGACCAGAAGAGACGUGCUUCUUACAGACUCUGAUGCUGCAUCAGGAACGAAUUCCCCUUCAAGUUCGGCAUCUGUUAAUGACUCGUAUUUAGCCAUUAACAGUACACUAGGGGCGGCACCUACUUCACUGAAGACUGUCUCCUUACCUUUGAACAUCACUCCUCAAGCGGGUGUGGCGCUUGGAGCGGGUGUGAAUAUCAUCUAUCUGAAGACUGUUAAAUACGGAGAGAAUAAUACAGUUAACACAAAUUUAUCUUCAGAGGCGAGGACCUUUAUUUCACCCUCUUCAUUUCUCAAUACCGACCCGGGUAAUCUUGGCGACGAAGGUCACCGUCUACGGUUGAUUGAUAACUCCAGCGUAGGGAUCUUGGGACCUCGAGGUUCGUGUCCAGGAUGUCCAUCAGAAGCCGCCUCCAAUUCGACUCGAAGUCUCAACCCAUCAAAGGAUUUGCCUAUUGCAAGUCCUCGGGUCGCCAGUGAGGUUCUUGAUGAUGUCUUGCACAUUUCGCAACGUACUUCCUCAUCAACAGGAGUUUCUUCUAGAGACAUCUUGACCACGGAGGCGCCCCCCGACAUCAACACAUCUGUAAAGACCGGACUUCCGGUCACUUCUACGGUGGCUACCGUGUUUAAUCCUUCAAGACUUUCUGACGUUGUCAGGGUCCCGUACCAGGAGAAUUCCACAUCUUUUUCACUCGGGGAUUACUGCCGUAAUAUAUCUUCACAUAACCUUGAAGAUUUUGACUCGGCUAUUAAGAUAAUCGACGAAGUCAAGAUAUUUCGGCAGUACCUUCACAUCGUCGCUUCCACCCACCCUUGGGACCUCUCUGGUCCCUCGGUCGACCAGCGGUUAGAUGCAGAGAUUUUUUCCAUUUUUGGCAUCGUUGCAGAGACCGUAGAACAUUUUGUGCAUGACCCUCUUCAGCCUCUGGGUUCCAGGAACGCGACGAGCUUGAUUAAGGAGGCGCUUCUUUUUGAUGCUGCGAUGGACUUCGCAGCAUUAUCUCAAUACAAGUUCUCUAAUGCGGUCACGUCGAUAAUUGAACAUCUUGAACAUCUUAUAUUAAAUGCCACGGAGUUGAUUGAGAAUAUCUUGGCAUGUUAUGACUCGUCAAACUUCCGUAACGAGUCGACAGUUGCUUCAGAGAUCUUGCUUAGGAGCUUACCAGCGGCGUUGCCGUAUCCUGAAGUAACUUCUCUCAAUAUAGACAAGUUUAUAGCCGUGCUGACCGGAAAUAAAGCACUACUAUUACGUAUAGACUUUCUGCUGACUUUCGUGAACGAAAUACUGUCAGUCAACCCGUGGAAGCGGCCCAAUGAUCAACCUGUUUUCUCGGUCAAUCAUUCCUUCGUUGUCGCUACUGCCAAGAAAGUAAGAAACGUCCUUUAUUUGAUUUUGGCCGACGACUCUAAAUAUUUCUCUGAAUUCGAUAGUCUGGUUUUAAGUCUUCUCUUGACAGACUAUAAAGUGGCUAUGGGGAUGGUACAGGGACUGCUUCCUGACCACUUGCCAGCAGAUACAGAGACAAUCAUACGGCAAAUCUAUGGCCCGAAUGAGUUGAACACGGCUGACCAAGCCCGAAAUAUUCUUUACGGCCGAAGAAGGUUCCUCGAAAAAGCUAAUGACGACAUUUCCAAACUGAUUGCCUCUUUCACUCGACACGCGAAUGAUUCUUCCUCGGGCGUUGAUAAAUCCCUUCCGGGCGCUAAAGAGACUAACUUGGGCAGCUGGGUGAAGUUGUCAAAGUCUUGGAGAUCGUUCGUGUCUGUAUCAUGGGUGUCUGGGCGAGUGGCAGGCUACAGGUUGGAGAACAUUGCACGACAACACGACGUUGUUCACGACAAACGGCGAAUUAUGGAUCUAAUCGGGUCCAGCACGAGGGUGAGGAACCUGGUGUUAAGGGCCAGGCUUAGCGUCUCUGUUGUGAACGGUGUGGAGAUGAGUCGUGUGAUUCACCAUGCCCUUACCCUGAGUGCCACUGUCCUCACCAUCCCUCUCACCUUCUCUGCCGCUACGGAGGUUGGGGAGCUGCAAGCUGGUUACGUCAACAACAUGCCAGCUGGGAGCUACCUCACACUAGGGGGUGACCACCACCUGCCUCGCCCCCUCGUAUUUACGGAGAGCGUGGUGGUUCGUGGCCAGGUGGUUGUGUCGUCCACGGUCAAUAACCUUGACCUGGUUGACCUCGGCAAGAGUGUGGUGCUGACCUCUGGCCCACCGCAGGUCAUCCUCACCUCCGUCACCUUUCUCAACCUUUCAGCCGUCAGUGUGGGGUGUGAGGUGGCCCGACUGACAGGUGUGCUCCUGAGACACCUGUUGACACGUGCUGAAACAGCUGUGAUUACAGGAAAGAAGAGGUUCCUGGAGGAGGUGAUAGUGAGGAAGGGCGACGUUAAGACAGCCAGCUUCAAGGUGGACCUCGUUACCGGCGUCAACAUCACUCACCUAGUCACAGAUUCCCUCAGGAGAAGUCCAGGCGGCGUGCAGGUCGUGUCCAGCAGCCUGCAGGGGACGUUCCUGGUGGUGCAGCAGCAACUGGUCUCCAGGGGCUUCACCGUCAGCUCCCAAGGUGUAGAUGGGUACCUCGAUCUCCACAGGUUGGCGAGCCAGGUGGUAUUCAGGAACCAGGACACCACCAUUAACGCCAGACUUAAGUUCGUCGGACACUCCUCUAUCUCUACCUUGUUCUUCCAAGACACGUUUGACCUGGUGUCUGCAGAGCAGUACAGUGCUGGCUGGCUGCUCAAGACUACAGACCAGAGCCUCGAGGGUCAGGUGACGGUGCCCUCCAUGACCUCCAGCCGGGUUACAACUGCCUUGGGGGUCAAGAUCCAAGAGGUCGACUUCACUCGCUUCCACAAGUUCGCUGCGCUCAUUACUCAAUCGGUUACAUUGUCGUUCGUCAGGUUUAGGGAAGUGAGGUCAAUGCUGUGGGUGAAUUUAACUGGUCAUAUACAAGGAUGGGACCUCUCGCAAGACGCCAUUCUCACCACCACCACCUCCAACCUCGUCUUCACCUCCUCGAUGACCUUCCUCGGCCCCGUCAACGUCACCGGCGACUUCGUAGCUACCAAGGGCAUCAAUGAUGGCAGCCUGGCUACCCUCUGUGGCCAAGUCUCCCUGGAUACCCUCACAAUUACUGGUACAGUGACGUACUUGACGAGGUUGAACGUCAACGUCGUCGUCCUGGGCAUCCACGAGAUCACCGACGAGACGGUGCCAGACUUCUGGAUGAACGACAGAGAUGUUAACUUUGAGAAGCCGCUGACGCUGAAGAGGUUAACAACUCGACACGUAACCACAGUCAAGUCCAAUGCGGCACAACUGGUUGCGGUGAAGGAGCGGAUGUUACCGAGGCUCUGCAGCAGUGGGACGGAGACGGUGGUCCUGAGGGAGACCUUCACCUUCAUCCACCUCACCGUAGUCUCCCUCCACACACAAACACUCCAGAUCCUGACGAUGAAUGACGUGCCAUUGACCGAGCUGCAGCAGGUGCUGACGACAGAGGGGAACCAGGUCAUUACUGGUCACUACACACUAAACAACGUCCUCUUUAUGGAGAACCUGAUCACCGCGGACACCGUCAACGGGAAGAUGAUGACUCGCUUCUGCCAGCAGACGACGCCGUGUCUGGUCACCGCUGCCAAGACGUUCAUCAAGAACGUCACCGUUAGUAAAGCACUCAGCAUCCUAGACAACAGGACGGUGCAGGGGGUGGACGUCUCCGUCGCCUUCAGCUCCUGGGUCAACAGGUUCUCGUGUGGACACAUUCCUGGCCUCACCACCUUCUCCGGCACCCACGCCCUUCACCUCCCUAAUAUCGUCGUGCAUGGCUUGGUGGACAGCGUGCAGGUCGCCAAGGGUCGUCUCAUGAGCCUCUCUGAGAACCAGGUCAUGAUUGGCGCGCUCACCAUCAACACCCAGUCUGGCGGGAGAGUGAGAAGCGAGGCAUUUGUAGCCACCGACGGCUUCUUCAACACCCUCAACCUGACGCACCUCGCUAACAGCACGUUCCGGCUGGACAGGAACGUUAGUGUGGCCUCACCCGUCCACUUUACGCAACUGGUGAUCUUUUUGGACGCCAGCUAUUUGGUGACGCGCGUCAACCUGACGGAAGUGUCUAUCGGCAAAAUGUUCGACCUGCAACCCCUCCUGUUCGCCUUCACCAACGUCCGCGGCCUCAGCGAGCACUUGAGUGUAUUUGUCAAAGCUCAGGUGAGGGAGUACUGGGGGUGGCGCAGCGUUCAGAGGUUCGAGGAGAUACCAGAGAGGAUUGUACCCCUGUGGCUACCCUGGGGGAAGGCUUCUGCUGGCCCGGUCGAUGGUGUGGCCCCGGUCCUGGCCUCUAAUUACCUGGUAGUUGUGACGAAGGCAAACUACACGUCAGUCCUGGUGUAUGAAACGGCCUCUCACCGGUAUCGCUCCGCAGGUAUGUCGUUCGAGGGUAACUGUACGAGCGAAGUGGUGGGCUUCACCUCCCACAGCGGUCAACAGAAGCUUGCGAUGGGUCACUUGUGCCAGCAAGACGACCAAGGGCUCCCCAGCGACGUCUUCACCAGCUUCAACGCCUCCACCCAGCAGGGUCGUGUUGAGGGGGACGAGCUUCUUCGCUUGUGGCACCUGACACCUAACGAGGCCAUCGUAGAGAACGUUAACACCACAGUGCCUGGUAUUGCUGAUAUGCAGGUGGUGGUCCUGGGGGAGACGGUGUGCCUGGUAGUGGUUGAGGGUCGAAGCAGCGACACAGUGCUGCUGUGUGAGGGGCCGAGCGGCUUCACGGUACACCAGCGUAUAAGCACGACAAAUCCUGUAGAGGUGUCUGUGGCCAAGCACCGGUACCCAGACGGUAGAGUCGUCACCAUCAUGGCUGUGGCUGACCCUGGCCUCUCCUCCAGGGAUGCUGGAUCUGUCUUCAUCUACGCUUACGAUGAUAACUUCGGAGAGUUCUACCUGGUGCAGGAGGAGCGGCUUGAGAACGUUGUGUGGGUCGAGCUGGCCUCUUACGAUACUGAUCUUCUCCUGGCGGCGCUCUCAGAGGAUGUGCAUGGUGACCUGGGUAGCAAAGUGGCUGUCUACAGACUAGACUGGACCGUCAGAGAAGGGGUCACACUGAUGGGGUACCUGGGCAGCGCCGUGAAGACUCCCAACCCGACAACCAACCCAAAUUUUUUCUUGGUCCAAGAGCUUCCGGUUUCACUGCCCGUUGAGGCCCGGUUCUCUGUUCUACCUUUGGGGCAGCUUUGCCUGUAUGUCAUCAACCGGGAUGGCCUAAUCACCUGGUUUUGUCACAAAGGCAUACACCGUUUCAGGAAGGAAGGCGAACUUCACAUGCCUGGGAAGUUGACUCUAGAAGCCUGGAUGAGCUUUGAUGGAGAGAAAUUCGUCCAUAGAAUCUCUGUAGCCGGGCAGAGCUGUUCUCACUCCAGGCAGACCAUCCCUCGGCUCCCAGGCGAGGUGUUAGAGAUGAGGAUUAGGGGAUGAUUGAGAUCAGGGAGCUUCAGUAUAAACUUAACUAUACAAGAGAUUUUAUCAGGGGAAAUCCUAGUGUGGAUUGUAUUUCAAUCGUGCUCUGAAACUUUCUCUGGAGAAUCAUUAUUAAUUGAAAGACUGUUUUGGUGUUUACAGAGGUCCAUAUCUACUAGGAUAUCAGUGCUUUCAACGUGAAUUCUUGCUUAGUGAUCUGUUUACGCAAAUUCAGGUACCGUUUAUUUAAUCUGAAAGAAUAGUUUGGCAUAGAGGUGUACUGUAAUUACAGCUUCAGUUAUCUUGUAUUUGGAACUUUCACUUUCACCUGGGAAGAAAUCCUUCUUAAAUAGAUAUCUUGACAACGCAUUUACUUAGACUUUAAAAAGUUAUAAAAUAUAUAUUUACUUAUUUUUGUUAAACAUAAAAUCAUCUAAUUAAAAACAUAGACUGCACGACCAGUUGUGAAAACAAAUCUUUGAAUCAGUCGAUUAAAUUCCACAUUUAUAGGGCGACUAAAGUCUCUUAAUUAUAACUUGAAUCUCGAAUAUUUAUUGACUCUGAUAAGAAAACAAUAAUUGACAAACUAUUUGAGUGCAAGUCUGAUAAAUUAAUUAGGUUAAUAGUUCAAUUUUUUUAAAAUGUUGCAUUACAGUGUUAAAAAUUUCUGUAUAGAUAGCCGUGAUAUAUUUAACUUUUUACCUAACAUUUAAACUUAUUUAAUUUUUAAAGUUGUUUUUUUGACCUGUUACUAAUUAUUAUGGCUUUGUUAAAUUUAUUGUUUGUAUGUCUUAUCCACUAAAUAAAAAAGUUGUCUAGUAAA